GUUACAGUCGAACAUUUGCCUUUGUCUUCUUCUGCUUCGUCUACGGCCGGCGUCCUCUCCCGACACGAUGCGCCAUGCGACCUCCAAGGCGGCCGGGAAGGAGAAGGGCAGGAGGAAGGGCGGCGGCGGGGCCAGCGCCGGAGAGGAUCUUCUCACCGACCGCGUCCUCUCCCUCCGCGCCCGCCUCAACGACGCCAUCUCCCUCGGCCUCGCCAGGUCUGAUGGCCACGGUGCAAAGAAAUGGCAGUCCACUGAUGCUGGAAUUCAGUCUCACGCACUCAAAGCAGUGGCUCCUUUUCUCAGUUGUUUGUCGAAUGAAAUGUUGCGGCUUCCUCCUAUAAAGGAGUCAGUUUCAGAUAUUGUCGUGCUCUUGGAGGGUGCUCUUCAAACAAAGAAUGUUUCGAUCGUGAUCCAAGCGGCAGAUGUGAGCUUAAAGUUAGUUUCCACCAUAGGCAAUUCAGUUCGCCAAUACCCAGUUGUGGAGAUUGUUAGGGCCCUUUCAUGCCAGUUAUCCGCAGACCAAUUACCUACCGCUAUCUCAUGUGCAAGGGCAAUGAAUUGUAUAUUGAAUUGCCUAGUGACAGCAAGAUCUUCAACACAUGCAGAAAUUUGGGAAGCCUUGGACAGAACCAAUGCAGUUGGAAGCAUUGUUUCAGCUCUGCUGAGUUACACUCUUGAUGCCCAUCCACUGAAUUAUCUGACAGAAAUGAUAUCCCUGCUAAGAAUCAUAUUGUGGGUUUGGCCUUCUUCAAGAUACUAUGUAUGGAGUAACUGCAACUUGAUGGGGAAGUUAGCACAUUACAGUCUUGCUACUGAAACAGCAGUUGUUGCGAAAGUUCUUAGGCUGUAUGCUGCUUUAGCUUUAUGUGGCCAUGGAGCAUUGAUCCUUCUCAAGAAUGAAGUAUUAAUGGCUAAGAUAAGUGAGCUUGUUGGAACGUCCCAUCCAAGCAGUACUAGGAUUGAAGCGUUGAAACUCUGCCAGGUUCUUUUGAGAUCUUCGAGAGGCUGUAGUCAGUUAAUGGAUUCACAUUGCGAGCCUAUUGUUGUAGGCAUAAUCGAUGCAAUGUCUAAAAGUGAUGAAAAACUGUUAGUGACAGAGGGGUGUCGUACUGCACUGCUGGUCCUCCGUUAUACUGGGAAUCAUCAUAGAUGUUUUUGGUCUAAUGCUAUUGAUAAAGUAUUAUAUAGCAUUCUUACUGGUUGCUGCAUCUCUUCAACUCAAACCCAUAGAAUUUUGAGCCAUGAUGAGCUAUUUAAUAUGGUUUCCAAUAAUUUCAUGGAUAUGCAUCCAUACGUCUGGGAUAUACUUGGAUAUCUGGUGGUGCAUUGCAAUGACGAGCAUCUCUCUGUACGGAAAGGGCAAGGUCAUAUGCACGCGCUGAUAUCUUGUGCUUGCUUGCUGGCGACAGAUGUUAUGCACAAGAGCAGCCCCAUGAAAUCGUCCAAAGAUGUCCAGGAGCCGGCUCUAAGGGCAGUUCUGAUGAUGCUUCUCUCUCCCAAUGGAUAUAUUCUGUCUGAGGCAAGUUUUAAACUUUCAGAAGUUGUUCCAUGUUUAGGUGAUGACUAUUUGAGCAUUCUAUUGUCCUCACUAGAAUCAAAUACUAUGAGGAGUGUUACCACAUCUUUUGACAGUUUCAAAAUUAUGACCAACCUCAUGAACCUUGCAUGUUUGGUCCUGUCCCAACCUUACCAUAAUCUCCUUAAUAAGAGGAAUCCUGUAGAUGUAUUGUCCACCAUUAUCAAGGAAUGUCUGCACAAUCAUAUACAUAUUACGAGGUCAAAAGUCACUUCUCAUCUGCAUUUUUGUUUUGAUGGAAGUUCGUGUUGUUGCUCUCUCGGUGAAGAGUGGGAGGGUGAAAAUAUUGUUUUAUUCUACAGUCUUCUAGUGCUAUUUAAUCUUCUAAAGAGCACCACUUUAGUUUGUGUUCACUGUAAAAGGAAGCUGGAUGUUGGGAUUCUGUGCCAUAAUUGCAAAGAUCAGUAUACUGAAGGUUUUCUUAGAGUUCUUCAAUGCGCCCUAAAUCAAAGCUUGAGUUCAGGACAAAAGCUCUAUAUGGGACACAUCUUGAGUUUAUUUGGCCUCUGUGGUUCUCCAAGCAAGUUGGGUGGAAAGAUGAGAAAUGCUUUAGAUGAUAAUGAGCUAGCUGAUCUGGAAUUUUUGCUCCCAGACGGUGACUCUCUAUAUGCUCAUACAGCCAUCAUAUCAGUAAGGUGCCCUAAGCUGUUACCAUCUAUAAAAUCUCUGCUUGGCAGCGAAGGAAAAGUUACUGACAGAUGGGGCAAAUCAGUGUAUCGAGUGCAAAUGUCUGAUCGUGUAGAUAGUCGUGCCUUGAGGAAGAUUUUGGAGUACACAUAUACUGGUUUUGUGAUGGUAGAUGAUGACAAUGUUAAACCAGUAAAAACACUUGCGAAGUAUUGCCACUUGAAAUCGUUGCACGAUAUGCUUCAGAAAGAGCAACCGAGAUGGAACUCCAAUUAUCCCAGAUACGAUCUUACUGUAGCACUUGGACCAGCUGAGCAUUCAUUCUCGGACAUAAUUUUGGAGGCUCAGUCAAAUGAGGAAACUAAGUGUCACCAUGGGUCAUGCCAAUUGUCAACACCACAUGUUCAUAGCCAUAAAAUCGUGCUGAGCAUGAGCUGUGAUUACCUCCGGGCAUUGUUUCAUUCUGGGAUGCAUGAGAGCUUCUCCGACGUUAUCAAGGUUCCGCUGGGGUGGCAAGCGCUGGAGAAACUGGUCCACUGGUUCUACUCAGGGGAGCUGCCGAAAGUCGCUCCUGACUGCCAGUGGAAGAACCUGAGCGACGAAGAGGAGCUCCUGCAGCUAAACGCUUACGCAGAGCUGUCGUCCCUGGCCGAAUUCUGGUUCAUGGAGGGAGUGAAGGAGGAGAGCCUUGAUGCAGUCACCUCCUGCCUGAGCUCCUUCUCGGACGCUGCAGCCAUCGAGUUCGUCGCCUACGCGGCUGGCCUGGGCCAGUGGGAGAUGGUCGAGGAUGGCAUCAGGAGCGUGGCGCAUCUAUAUCCCAGGCUACGGGACUCCGGCCAGCUGGAGCGGCUGGACGAUGAGCUGCUCAACAUGCUGCGGACGGAGUACGUCCGGUACUCGCAGCAUGGUGCUAGGUAACGGUUGCUGAAUAGCGAAUCUGGUGAUACAUCAUCAUUGUGCUCUGUGUAGUGUAUAUAUACAGGGGAUACAGAUACAUUUAUGGCCUUUCACAGAGAAUAUAAUCUGUCAUUGACGUCUAAAAUGGCCAUCGUUUUUGCGAUUA